AACAAGAGAUAAAAAAUGUUUGAUUUCUGAACCCGUCUCAACUCCCAAGAUUUAAAACUGUUACAAACAACCACAUGUGAUUUCGCAAAAAUCGUCUAAAUUAUACUAAUAAAGGAAAUGCGUUUUUUGCAUUAAUAAUUCAAAGGAAAAUGUCUGGUUAUUUGGAAGUGAAAUAUCCGUUUAAAUCGAACCUCGGUCUUAAUCCUUUCAAGUCUUGGAAAAAACAAUGGUGCAUUUUGAGACCUAGUGUGACUUGCAAAGGGGGUGGGUCCCUAGUUGUAUAUUGUAGUGAGGCGGGAGCGCCUGCAGGAACAGUAGAGUUGCCCUCGGGUUGCUUAGUAAAAAGAGCCAAAUCCCGCACGCGACCUCAUGCUUUUGCAGUGUUCACCCUUGAAGCACCGUCAAAACCUCGAAUUCUUCUUGCCGCACAAAGCCAUCAAGAAACUCAAAUAUGGAUGGAUAAAAUUCGUGACUUAUUAAAUAAUGACAAAAUGAGAGGCUCAGAAUCAUUACUCAAAGACUCAUAUCCUGUAACUGUGAUUGCUACGGAAUUGUCUAGAAAAUGUGGCUUAAUGACUGACAGUGUGCUCACACUAUCUACAUCGGGCUUGGUAGUUUCCCACAAUACAGCCAGCACAAAAAUAGAUUGGCAACACAUUAUUGAUGUACUCUUGAUCAGAAAAAAUGGAGACAAGAAUAGAAAUUGCAUCAUUAGUUUGAAUAGUGGCUUUUCUCAAGGCAGUGGUGAAAUGCGAUUUUGUACACCGUUGGCGAGUGAACUAGUCAGUGCUGUGCGUCAAGCACUGUCGGCUCGUCACAAGAAACUUAGCCGAAGUGAUGGAGACUUGAGAAGAGAUGACUUAGGUGAAAUUCGUCGCAGCAGCUGGUACAGUGGACCGUCGGAGGUUUCUUUGGAUGACACAGAUCUCAUUAUGACUAAGGAAUAUCAACAAAUGCACAAUGGUGACUCAUCUCAGUUGUCUGAGAUUCCCUGUGGAGAUAAACAAACACCACUCUCCCCUGACAACAGUGUGUGGUCCCGUCGCUCCACCGUGUCAAUAGUGUCUGUCGCUUCGGGCGUCUACGAGGAAAUUCCCGAGGAGUGGGCGGGCUCGUGCGUAGAUCACACGUACGAGUCCGUCGAGUGCGUAUACGGAACUAUGAGACGGGCGGGAAGACGCGGUGCACCUCCCCUGCCCCCGAGACAUAACUUUGGUACAAUGAAGCUUUCUGAUUGGAAAAGCGCUAAUUCGAGCAGUCCCGGUCGCGAUGGCGUGACGCGUCAUAGCUCGUUGGGCUCAUUGCAGCACUGUGCAAAACCACAUCGUUAUAAGCAGACCUUCAGUGUCUUUAGGAAAAGGCUAAAAAGCGACUCCCGCGUCACCUCCCCAAAAUCCGAGAAAGAGACAAAAGACGUUGAAACGAAAAAGAAAAGAUUCGACUUCACACCAACAAGAGACAUAUUCAAAAGCUUCAAGGUGAACAGGAAGAUGAAGAAUCUGAAAAUAACCGGGAACCUAUCGAAGGGCGAGACGAAAAGUUGUGAAUUUUUGGACGAAACGGAGCACGUGUCGACGAAUCGUUGCUCGAAAUCCGUCGAAUGUAUCGAGAAGUUUGACGAUUUCGAUGUUUCAAUCGAGAUUAACGAAACCAAUGUCUCGGCGCUCGCGCUACCAGAGGAGAUUGUGAAGUUAAUAUUUACGGAGAAAAUUCUUGGAAGUUUUGAGAAUGAAAGCGAAUAUAUGCCCAUGUCGCCGGUUCAGCCUCCGUCCAUGGAGCAGCAUUAUAUCGUUAUGUCGCCCAAGACUAAAAUUGCUUAAAUAGAAAAGUUUUUACGAAGAGAAUUCGAAUGAAAUAACUCGGAUAAAGGCCUGAAUUAUUAUAAAUUCAAAACUGUCUGCGCUUUAUAUUCUCUGUAGACAUUUAACCCCUUCAUAAAAAAUACAUCCUUCUAAUUGCACUCUAACUAAAGUACUUUUUCGUCUUUUUUUAUGAAUAAGGGGGUAACAAUAUUCUUCUGAUUCUCAUGAAAAUGCCGAGUGACAAUUAUUGCUUAUUUGGUUUUUUGACAUCUCUAUCUAGAAUGAUAAAGCAUAUUCUAGAUUCUGGGUUAGGUUCAAGUGCCAAACACCUAUUUGUCUCUGACUGUUUGAGGGAUUUGCACCUUAAGAAGUUACAAUAACCCUAAACAAUUCAGUGUUGGGACUAAGCGCUAACUAUGUCUUCCGUACGUAUUAGCUUUUACACUUGGAAGCCAUACUUAGAAGUCUUGACUCUGAAUUUUACACUUAAACCUUGUCUAUGAAUCUUUGUCUAUUGUGAUAAAAUGUCUUAUUGAAGUCAAUUAUAUUCGACAAAAAAAGCUUUGAUCGCAUUAAGUGGCUUGACAUCUGUAUUAAAAUUCGAAUUAGAUUUGCUUAACGUUUAAAAUCGCGUAUAUAUAUAGCACGUGUAUUCACCAAGCUAUUUUGAAUCUUGUCUAUUUAUUAGAACUAUGGUUGUAUAUAUUUGGUAUUGUAGCUUUUAGUAAUAAACACUGCCAAUAGGUCUAAGAAUGUAGGUGUUUUUUUUUCCAAACGAAGUCGAAAAAUUUCUGAAAGAUUACGUAUAUACUGUUUCUGUAUUUUACUUUUCCUAAGAAGGUGAACUUCGACAGUCAAAGCGGAAUUCCAUUGUAAAACAAACCUUAAAACCAAGCGAUACACUUUAAUUUCUAUGUGACAAUUCGGCUCAGUAUAAGUGUGUCUCGCUAGAUUUCAGAAUUACUUAUUAAUACACGUUUUAACGUCUUUUUUAAAUAGAAACUGCGUGAAUAAUGAAGGUCCUUGCAUACUUACAUGCUGACUACUACCUGUCAUAUUUAAGCUAAAAAAAGUUUUUAUAACUCUUAAAUAGAAAUAGUUGCAAUCUGUGGCUCAUCCCUCAGAACUUAACUGUCAUUUGUCAAAACGUGUUAACGAAGUUUUUUCAACGCGCGCAUUUUAAAUGAGCUGGUCAUUAAAAAAAAUCUUCGAUCUAGUUCUGUUAAUUAAACAGUAAUUUCAGACGUAAAUAUCUAUAGAACUGAUUGUAGUAACAAUUUCACAUAAUCUAUGUAAGUAUUUUCAGCUAUUUUAUUAUUUAAGUCUAUGGCAAGCUCAAAACAAUACGUCAUAGACUAUGCAUAAAAUGAUUGUUAAAGCGUGAGUAAGACAAAAUUCUUUUCACCCUUCCCUCUUAUUGAAAGGUUAAAUAUAGAAACCGUGUCAAGUAAAGAAUUUUAAUUUACGAAGACUGAUAAAGACUUCUUAAGGAGUAGUUUAUUUUAACACUUGUCCCAGUAUUAUAUUAAAUAACGAGCUUAAAACGAUUCCCGGGGUCUAGAAAAAUACUAUUUGUAAAAUCUAUCAGUAUAUUUCUAUACAAAAUUCGAGUCGUAUUUUACUUAGAAGGGGGUUAGAGUAAAAUGAAGUAUGGAUUUUGUACACAGAUCGAAUUGAAAACCGAAGUUUAUAAAUAAUGUUAAUAAUACAAGAAUUAUCUAUAAAAGACGCACGGUAUCAGCUAUGAUUUUUCAAUAUUUGUAAUCAUAUGCAAUAUUUUAAAAAUUUCAUUAACUUUUUUCAGAUAAUAAUUCAAAGUCCAUAUUUCGACCAAUGUAUUGGUUUUAUUAGUAGUAGCUUUGGUGUUUUGUGAUAUUGGUAUGUUGUUGAGCUUGCGAGCUUUUGUUACGUUUAUCGGAUUUAAGGAAAAACAAAACUAGUACGAAUCGUCAUUCCAUUGAUAUUAAGGAAAUUCCUUUUUACGAUACAUUAAAAGAGGAAUAUUAUUGUAUUCAGUAAUUUAAUGUGUUAUUUAAAGGAAAUCGUACAUUAACAACUAGGAAACAAACUCUUACGCCCGUGUUCUAUGUUCUUCAAUUUCUCAUUGAAUGUGAUCCAUCUGAGGUCAUAAUAACAAUUGUCAUUAUGGGUCAUGUCAAAGUUAAUCGUUUAGAGUACCAGGGAGGCAGAAAGAGACCUAACUAUGACGUGUUUCUAUUUAAUUGGUUAAGAACAUCUCUAAUCAGACACGUAACACGUCUUUCCGUUUGCCCAAUUAUUAGUCUCUCGUUUAACGUUCACACCAGAGAAAUAUAAGAACCAAGAGGCAAUUGUCAAAUUCAAAAGACGUUAAAAUAUACUUUUGUAAAGAUCAAAAUUGUGUUAAACAUUCUAAGAAAGGAAUUGUUCUGUUACAAAGGUUAGUUCGAAAUUUGUUGAUAGAAUAUAUAGCUUAGUUCAGCUUAGCAAUUGUAUUUGUUAACUUAAGUAUUUAUUGUUUUCAUUGCGCUAUGUUGUAUCGGACUGACUUUAGAUGCAAAGAACGAAAUAAAAAGUAUUAUAUCUCUGAAUCUCCAACUAAGAUUUCGGUGUUAUCGAUAAUAAACAAUUAUUAUUGACUACUAUUCGACUCAUAAACAUUGUCGAGAGUGUAAACGUCACGUCAACUGCACUAAAGAACUGGUAAUAUAUAGCGUAAAUGGAAUUUGCUUACGAAUUAUUUGAAAUAAUUACAAAAUAUAAAUAAAUUGUCCAAGCAAAGUUCCUUAUUCCUUUAAAUUCCAAAUGAAGAUUAUGGAUACAGCAAAGUUUUUUGAUUGUCGUAGUAUUUCGGUCUAUACAUUUAAUUCUAUUCAAUAUUCUAUAUUUUCUGUCCUUUGAGGUCGUUGACCUGUUUCGAUGAGUUCAGUCCGAUACGCAAAAUUCUAGAUCUGCUUAAUUGAAUUUAGUUUUAAGUACUUAAUAAUUUAAAGUGAUCUCUUCGUGUGAUAAAGCUACAUCACUGCUUCAAUCGAUUAGCUUUCUUCUUAGUAUUAAUAGUAUUAUGGUUUGAUUAAGUUUUUUGUGGCCAUAGUCAAAACGGGCCCUAUCUCAUUGAUGUAAGUUACACGAGAACACAUUCCCAUCAUAGUCAUACUCUUUCCGCGUAUAAAAUCCUAAUACGUCAAUUUAAAUAAUAUAUUAACCAUUUGUAUCAGCUCAGUGUAGCAUUUAAUAAAUGACGAAUGUGUCAAUUGGUUUUUGUCAUUGUGAAUCUAUUAUAGUUGACUAUUUGAGUUUACAAAAAUAAUGUAAUGAUCAUAAAAACGGAAACGUUAACGCUCUAACAGAGUUCUUUUUGUAACUAAUGUGUUCUCUAAGGGUAAUAUUCAGAAUCGAGAGCUUUUAGCUUAGUUAGCUCUAUGACACCUGUAUACGAUUUUGACAUAAGGGGGGGGGGGUGUCAUAGAGUAAAAUUAAGAAUCUAUCGUUACCGUGUAACAUCUUAGAUCUGUAAACAUAUGUUUACGACAAAAUGUAUAAUUUUAUAGCUGUAACCCGUUAAGACUAUGAGAUAUCAAUUCAGUUUAUUUUUAGAGGUUUAUAUAAUUUUUUGGGAUAUUUUGUUGUGAAAACUAAGUGAUUUGUAUUUUGGUUAAGAUUUGUGAUGGACCAAAAAUUUUUUGUUACUUUUUGAUGCGUCGCAUCUCGACGUAUUUAAUAAACGUUU